UUGUAGAAAGACAUCUCGCAAGUAUGUGGUGAAGCACAGAGGACGGCGACGAGGCGAAUCGCAAGGUGGUUGGCGGGAGUUAGAGCGGUCAGGCCCCGUCAGGCCUGACUUCACCGAAUGCCGAAGAGCUUGUCGUGUAGACUUGGAAAGUGAAGGUUUGCGUAUAUUGUGUAGCGUAGAAUUUAUAGGCUAUUUAUCCUGAGAAAAAAGUAUACCAGUUUGGCCGUUCCCUGAUCCGCCCUGAUAAAGCGGCUGUGCCCCUAAAGCCGUGCCCUAAAGCUCAGGAUUUAGCAAACUAAUGCUUCGUGAGACCCACUCAAACCUUGCAGCUGCCGCUUAUGUCGUAUGGAAAACCCGCGGCGGCGGCGGCAGCAGCGGCCGGGGCAACGGGCACCCCGGCGGCGGCCGAGGCCGGGGCGGCCGCGGCGGCGGCCGCGGCAGCGGGCGUGAGUGGCACGAUGACCGCCGUAGAGACCACCGCUGCGGCGGGCGUGGAGGCGGCCUCGCCGCCGGCCGCGCCGGUGUCAACGGCGGGCUUGGGUGGCAUCGUGGGCCCGGCGGUCCUGCCCGCGGGGUGGAGCAGCGACGGUGGUGUGGGUGAUGAGGGCCUGGCGGGCGGCGUCGGGCAGGGGCUGCUGGGGGAUGCGGAGACAGCGCCGGAUGUCAACGCGAAGCUGCUGUGUCAGGGCCGGCGGGGCGGUCCUGGCGACUUCAUGGACGUUAGCUCGGUCGCCCCGCCCGGGGGCAGGCAGCAGUAAUGCGGCGGCCGAAGCAGGCCGCUCCGGGGCCCCGGCCCUUGCGGGUGGGGUCGCAUAACGUGCGGGGGCUGCGGAAGCGGGUGCCCCACCUGGGGUGCUCGCGCCUGCACGCCCUGCUGAGCUGCUGGUAACGGCAGCACCUGGAUGUUGUGUGUCUCCAAGAGACGCACGUUCUUGACUCGGACAUUGACCUUGUCACGGCGGACCUGGCGGCAGCCGCUCAGCGGCUGCAUGCACGCGAGUGGACUGCGUGGUGGGCGCCGGCCCAGAAGCCGGAGGGCCGUCGUGUUACUGGCGGCACGGCAAUCCUCAUUCGGUCGAGCCUUCUGCAGCAAGGCGCCAUGGUGCUCACUGGCGGCGCAACGGUGACAGGCUCUUUAUGACGGCUCGCCGUCUAUCUGC